UACGCGAGUUUCAAACGCCGUGCGCGUAACUUUGUAUGGAGUUUUUGUUGUUGCGCAGUCUAUGUGCAGUCUAUACACAGUCUAUAUAUACAGUCUAUACAUACAGUCUAUAUAUAUACAGACUGCAUUGGUGUAUAAACCCGCUACAUUACGGUACUUGCCAUGGUAUUACACGCAGUGGGUAUGAAGGAUUCCCACGCAAAGUCUUGGCUGCAUUGCAGUUUACACGCCUCUUGCAGUAUCUAUGGACUGCAUGUAGCACACAGUACUUCUACAGUACUUCUACAGUACUUCUACAGGACACAGAUCCCCCGUGUAGCCUUAACAUUGUAGGGGCAAGUGCUUUCAGCGAGUAGCAGCGGCACACGAGGGGGUGGGUGGCCAGCACCACCGCCUUUGUCUCCCCAGCGGUGAUGUUUACGCACCGGGUACUUAUUUGAGGCUGAGUCUACCUAGGGGAGGCCCAAGGACCGGUUCAGAUAAUCGUCACUGGGUGUUGUUGGCCGUGAGCUGGAGUCGAACUCGGGGUCGCCGGGUUCGUAGCGCUAACCGCUGCACCACCGCUCCAUACACACAGUACACACACAUAGACACACAGUACACACACACACUUACACACACACAGUACACACACACACACUUACACACACACACUUACACACACACAGUACACACACACAGUACACACACAGUACACACACACAGUACACACAGUGCACACAGUACACACACACAGUACACACACAGACACAUAGCACACACACACACAGUAUACACACACAGUGUACACACACAGUACACACACACUUACACACACAGUACACACACACAGUACACACACAGUAUACACACACAGUAUACACACACAGUGCACAUAGUACAUACACACAGUAUACACACACACAGUACACACACACAGUACACACACACACAGUACACACACAGUACACACGCUUGACAAACCUGAGUGCAGCAAUGAAGCAAAUGGACAGACAGUGGCCCCACCGCGGUGGUGAUGGGCCGAUGGAUCUGGAGGAAGCUUUCGUGGUCGUUGGCGCCUGCGGUCCCUACCAGCGCCGUCGCUGUGGCCUGCUGCUGCUCGUGCAGGUGUACUUGGCGUUCCAGGCUGUGCUGAUUAUCCUCAUUGGACAAAUCCCGUCCGCUGGCCCCACGCGCCCACGCGCCGUCUCCCCGGAGGCCUCCCGCAGGACCUCGCCUCCCUUACAAGCCGCCAACGGCUCUUCUGUAGUCACAGAGUGGGCUCUGGGAGAUGACGCUGCCAUCCUGGUGGGGCUGGCGUCCUCGCUCUACUUCUGCGGGGUGCUGCUCGGCUCCCUCGUCUUUGGCCAGUGCUCCGACCUGUACGGCAGGAGGCGCGUCUACCUCAUCGGGCUGCUGGUGGAUGUCUUGGGCGGCCUCGCGUCGGCGCUGUCGCCCACGUGGCGCUGGUUCUGCGCGUCGCGACUCGUCGUCGGCGUCGCCAACGGCGGCACCGCCCUCGUCUCCUUCGUCCUCCUCCAGGAGUACGUGGGCUCCGCCUACUGGGGUAGCACCGGGUCCCUGUACAGCGCGUUCUUUGCGCUGGGCCUGGUGGUGUUUGCGGCGCUGGGGGUGGCGGUGAGGCCCUGGCGCUGGCUCACGCUGACGGCCAACGUCCCCGGGGUGCUGCUGCUCCUCGCCUCGCUGUGGCUGCUGCCCGAGUCCCCGCGGUGGCUGCAUUCCCGUGGUCGUAUCGUGGAGGCGGAGAAGACGCUGUCCCUCAUCGCCAGGGGCAACGUCGGAGCCACGGCGACCGGCUCCCUCCCCCCGCCCCAAGUGCAGCUGCGCCCGCUGCGAGGCUCGGGGGAGGUGGGGGCGGCGAGGGGGGGGGGCGCGGCGGGGGGAUCGCUGAUGGAUGUGGGGACUCACCCGGUUCUGCGCACGCGCACGCUCGUCAUGAUGUACACGUGGUUUGUGUGCAGCCUCGUGUAUUACGGCCUCACGCUGGGCGUGGGAGACCUCAGCCGUGACGUCCACAUGGGGCUGGCGCUCUCCGGGCUGGCGGAGCUGCCCUCGUACCCCCUGUCCCUGUUUCUCAUCAACGCCUCCUGGUACCCACCUAGUGCAUCGUGCACACAGUACACACCACGCACAGUGCACGCAGUACACACAGUACACACGACACAUACUACACACAGUGCACACAGUACACACAGUACACACAGCACACAGUCCACACGGCACACAGUACACACAGUACACACAGUACACACGGCACACAGUACACACAGUACACACCGCGCACAGUGCACGUGGCACACACAGUACACACAGUACACACAGUACACACGGCACACAGUACACACAGUACACACAGUACACACGGCACACAGUACACACAGUACACACGGCACACAGUACACACAGUACACACGGCACACAGUACACACAGUACACACGGCACACGGCACACAGUACACACAGUACACACGGCACACAGUACACACAGUACACACAGUACACACAGUACACACGGCACACAGUACACACAGUACACACGGCACACAGUACACACAGUACACACAGUACACGGCACACAGUACACACGGUACACACGGUACACACAGUACGCACGGCACACAGUACACACAGUACACACGGUACACACCACGCACAGUGCACGCAGUACACACAGCGCAUAGUACACACAGUACACACGGCACACAGUAGACACAGUACACACAGUACACGGCACACAGUACACACGGCACACAGUACACACAGUACACAGUACACAUAGUACACACAAGCACAUAGUACACACGGCUCAUAGUAUACACGACACCCAUCUACGCACGUCUAUAAAGGUACAGUGGUACCUCGGUAUACGUCGUUAAUUCGUUACAGAAGGUGGUAGGACUUAUACCGAAAAUGACGUAGAUACCAAACGAAUUUUUCCUGUAAGAAAUAAAGGGAAAGGAAAUAAUCCGUUCCAGAGUGUAAGAAAUGGUAUUUUAUAUGGCAUAUUAUACAUUAAUGGGGUUGUAUAAACAAUUUAGACACUACUUAUUACUAAAAUGCAUAUGAAGAGAAUAUUUUGAAGCACUUCUUUAGUUCACCAAUGCACAGCUACACUCGUUCCACAACCAACCCCGGUCCCACAGCGCCCUUUAACCCAUCCCCAAGACACAUUCCCGUCUGGCACGCCUUGGUCCGGGUGACGUCACUGCCCUUUGACCCCUGACCCCUGUCCAGCGCAUUCCGCCCUUUAACCCAUCCCCAAGACACAUUCCCGUCUGGCGCGCCUUGGUCCGGGUGACGUCACUGCCCUUUGACCCCUGACCCCUGUCCCGCGCAUUCCGCCCUUUAACUCAUCUCCAAUACACAUUCCCGUCUAGCGCGCCUUGGUCCGGGUGAAGUCGUGUUUGCGUGGUGCGUGUCCGUGAGGGUGGCUCGCAGAUCCCCUACACAUACGUAAAUUAAAAUAAAUGUAGAAAUUAAAAUAAAUACAUAAAUAAAUUAAAAUAAAUGCAUAAGUAAAUUACAAUAAAUUGAAAUAAAAAGUAACAUCACUUUGCCUUGCUGAGAGGAGUUGAUAGCCUACGAGGAUGGUGGUGAGGAAGGGGAGGAGAUGUUAUUUUUUGGAAGGAGAGUCCCCUUCCAUUAAAACUUCAGGAAGCUGAAAUUCUGAGGUUUUUUCUCUUUUUUGUCUCUUUUCUUGGCUUGGACCUGGUUGAGGCUCACCGGGUUUGAGUUUUACUAAAAACCUGUCCAUUGAAGUUUGUUUUUGCCUUCUUCUAAGAAUGUUCCUGAAGUGUGACAUUGUCUGGUCAUUUCACACAAUACUGUUACGGCUUGUUAGAGCUUUAUUGGGGGUGGGGCAUACGCGGGUACGCGGUGACUCAUCCCGACCCAUACAAGUUCUAGCAAGCGCGUCGUAUCCCAAGACAUUUUUUCUCGUCAAAACACGACGUAUACCAAAUUCGACGUAUUCCAAAGCAGUUGUAUACCGAGGUAUGACUGUACAGACGGAGGUUCAUCUGUUUCGCCUUAAGAGGCUGUUGGAGCAAGUGCUGUUAGCGAGCACCUGGCCGCCUUUGUCUCCCCAGCGGUGAUGUUCACACACCGGACCAGGUAUUCAUUUGAGGCGGAGUCGAUUUAGGGGAGGCCAGGACCAAUUCAGAUAAUCGUCACUUGUGUUGGCCGUAAGCGGUGGUUUGCCGGAUUCUUAGCACGGCGCGCUAAUCGCUACACUGCCGCUCCCCACACACACACACACGUACAUAUACACACGCACCGCUAUACGCACACACACACAAUUACAGAUAUGUUGUG